AUGGCGAAUGUUUUUGGAGAAAUGGGUUCUUCAAUAGCAAUAACUUCAUUAACUAAUGGAAUUGCUUUUGGAGUUGGUAUUUUCUCUCCAUCAUCUUUAAUGUCCAAUUUUUGCUUGUGUACUUCAAUUGCUAUAUUUUUGGAUUUUUUAUUUGAAUUUUUAAUAUUUGCACCUUGUCUUCCUUUUAUUAAAUGGAAAGUUGAAGAAAACGAGAAUUCAUUAAAAAGAGAAAAUAGGCCUCUAUUUGGAAUAAUAAAAUUAAAAAAGGAAAGGUAAAAGUAAUUUUUUACUUUAUCUAAAAGAUAUUGCACUGAAAUUUUAUAAAAAUAUUUAUCAUCAUGCUUUUCAUGAAAUACAAGACAAUUCAUGAAUUUAUCAUAGGGUUUUAGAGACACCAUAAUUUAAGACGGUGAGGUUUCCUUCCAGUUCAGCAAAUAAAGCAAAAAUAGAAUAAAGGGAUUGUUGAGAGCUAAAAAAAGUUUCAUUGGAGAGUUCUAAGGAUCGUUCCCCUACUAAACAACUCCCAAUAUACCCAAACUUGUC